AGUGUUUGUAAAAAAAAGUUAAUUUCUCUGUUCUUCGCGUUUCUCUCACUCUCGCAGAUCCUUUCAUUUUCCACUCUGCAGGCUAAACAACCAUGGCAGCAUGGGCGGUGGCGACUCGUCAAACCGCGAAUCUCUCUCGCCUUUCCUCUCCAAGAGUGGCUUCAGCUCCUCAAGCCGCUUCACUCAUUCAUCGGCGCGGUCUAGCCGGUGGUGGCGAUCACCAUGGACCUCCCAAGGUCAAUUUCUGGCAGGACCCUAUGAGCCCAUCUAAAUGGAAAGAAGAGCAUUUUGUGAUCGUCUCUUUAACUGGAUGGGGAUUACUCUUCUUUGGAGGUUACAAAUUCUUUACUAGAGGCAAAGCAGACAAAAAAGAAGAGAAGGUCGGAGAAGCAACGCACUAGGUUUGGCACAGUGCCCAAAUAUAUUUAGAAGUAAAUCUGGGAUGAGGAUGAUUUUCAUUUGUUGUUAAGACCCUACAGUUUUGGACAGUUCUUGUUGCUGUCAUGAUAUUGGACAUAACUGGUACCUUUGCCUCCAUUCUACAUAAUAAGUGGGACACUUUCUAGCUGACAUCUUGUUAAAGCUUCUCUUGCAGAUAAAUAUCCAUCAUUGCCGCAUAUGGGUUUGUUAGGUCUCACCUACCGACUGCAGUUUGAUCUUCUGUAUGAUAAUGCUCCAUGAACUCACAAUUUGGAGCUUUUCUUGCCUUUGCCGCUUAAAAUCUCGACUUUGACAUGAUGAGAAAUUCUCUAUUAAUCUUGACGUUGAUGGCCAUAAAUCUUGUCCAAAUAAUAGAUUAUUUAGAAUUUUCAUGAAUCAUGAUAUACCAAGAAGUUACUACUAUAUCAAUGUCCAUCUUGUGACAGCCUUGUUUGUCCAACGGUCCAACGUGUUUUGCCUGCUGCAAUUAUUAUCAUAAUAUUUUUUUU